UCAGCAUCCUGACCAGAUCGUCGGUCGUCCAUCAAGAUAUCAAAAACGUGCCUGCUGCUCACUUCCAGAAGCAGAAAGUGUUUCCCGAGCCAUGAUGCUCUAUCCACUAUUAGGAACGCAAAGGUGUCCGACACUCUUAGAUUCCGUCGUCCGCGAACACUCGGUUAAAGCGCGACAGCGGAUGGAACCAAUCUCUGCUUAACAACAUCACACGUGAUGGGGCAAUCCGGCUUCCUACCGACCUACCUAGUGCCUUACGUUACAAAGCUUUCGAAAGAAGAUUCUAUGCAUCGGCAAUGUGGGAUGAAGGAGCAGGGUAGGCUGCUGAUCUGCAGCUACAAAACCCAGACCGUGGAACGUUCACUGACCAAAGAGCGGUACCAUCUCAAGCUUGUAACCCUCAGAAUUUCAGGUCAAAAGUACCACUAAUCUCAGCUAUGGUGUCUAUGAAGGGAACGGCUCUGUCUCUGGCAUCUGGCGCUUGCCUGGUAGCCACAGUCCUGGCGGCCAACCUGACCGUCUAUCAAUCCAAUGUCUCUUUCGUCCCAGUCCCGCUGCCUGUACCAGGUGCCGCUGCAAACUUCGAGGCCAUUAUCGAGCAAUUUACCACUCUAGGCCGCACCACUGUUUGGCGCUCGGUUAAAAACAUCACCUUCCAAGGUGAUACUGGCGAGCCUGAGGGCAUGGUGGUCAUCAAUGAGGAGAGAUUCAUCACUGCCCGUGGAGACUGGACCGUCCCUACCACUUCGUACAACGGCACCAUCAUAAACGGAACAGAUCGCGCCGCGGGAGCCGGAUAUGGGCACCUUGAGGUCUACGAUGGGGAGGGCAAACGAGUGGUCGACGCGACCCUGACGCCUCCGGGGGAUAUUGAAUACCACAUUGGCGGUCUUGACUACGAUGGCCAAUACAUCUGGGCCACUCUCGCCCAAUACCGACCCAACACCACUGCUACAAUCGUCGCCGUCAAUCCCCUCACGCUGGAAUACCAAUCAUUGAUCCACUACGCCGACCACCUGGGAGGCAUCGUGCACGACACCAAACUCCAAAGACUCAACACGUUAAACUGGGGCUCACGGAACGCCUCGAUCUGGAACCUCAACGCGACCUCCAACAAUCCGUACCCGGCGUUCUCGCAGCCGUCGUCCGUCGCCCGCAACCCGUCGUUCUACGUCGACUACCAAGACUGCAAGUUCCUGGGCCACUCCAAACACUACGACUUCCGCGCCGUCAUGAUCUGCUCGGGCGUCGCCACCCUGGCCGGCAACAUCACGAUCGGGGGCCUCGCGCUCGUCGACUUCGAAACCAUGAUUCCGCUCUACGAGGUGCCGCUGACCAUGACGUCUGUCCGGGGGACGCCCCUCACGCAGAACCCGUUUGACGUGGCGUACGUGAAUGAGACGCUCAGGGUGUACUUUUUGCCCGACCAGCACAACUCGACGCUGUACAUCUACGAGCCACUGAGGAACAGCCCGUACGAGUACUGAGGGGACUCCGCGUAGUGGAUGGACAUGUGGAAUAACCGUAUCUGGGGUGUGAUGACGACCACAACGACAAUGACGAUGGACGAUCAGCGACGAGGAAGUAGAGUAAUGGAGGAAUCUGAAGCGCGUGGCGGCCGAGGAUUGAAUAUAUCGAACGUGCCCAAAGUACGAGGUACAUAGGUAGAUGCAGUUACAGCUUCAAUUAUCCAGACGGAGUACAUAGCUUUUAUCCCAGUCAAGCUGCACAUACAUUACAUGUACAUAGAUCAUGCAUGCUGGACAAAACUUGACAUCUUA